GCCCACCUUCCAUUAACUAAUUUACAUAUUCUAAAAUACCAUAUCCUUUCCUCUUUAAGAGUUCCUAUCAUUGCACAAUCAACUUUCGAAGUUAACUUUAAGUUGCGUUGUUACUCCUCCAUAGAAAAGCCUGCUCCGCAUCGCUUUUUCAUCUCAGACACGCCUACCCUUUGUUAAGACAGCGCACAACACACUCUUGCCUGAAAGCAAUUUCAAGGGUACCCCCCCAUUGAAGAGACCAAGGCACAAUGUUCUCCUCGAGCGUCUUACUUCUGGGGGUGGUUUCUAUCUCAUUCCUCGCCAUUUACAAGCUCAUCAUCUACCCUGCCUUUCUCUCGCCAUUAGCAAAAGUUCCCAAUGCACAUUGGUCUUCGCCAAUCGCACCAAUCUGGAUAUUAUGGACUCGAUACAAUGACCUGGAGAAUCGAGUUCUACAUGCAGCGCAUCUUAAGCAUGGAACUGUCGUUCGUCUUGCCCCGAAUGAGCUGAGCAUCAACGACCUUGCCGGUCUAAGAACGGUCUAUGCUGGUGGAUUUGAAAAGGGAGAGUGGUACUCGAUAUUCGACAAUUAUGGAGUUCCAUGCAUGUUCUCAUCUUGGCAUUCCCGGACACAUUCAGCUCGGAAAAGAAUGAUCUCAAACAUCUACUCUAAAUCCAACAUCCAUAAUUCUCCUGCUCUCGCAGCACAAGCCCAAGCAAUUCUGUACGACAGACUUCUUCCCAAGCUUACAUCCGCCUCUGGACCUCAAAGCCAUCCUAAUGGCGUUGACGUGCAUGACAUAUGGAACGCCACCACCAUGGACUUCAUCACCGCAUAUAUUUUCGGUCUAAAGAAUGCAAGCAACUUUCUUGCAGAGGAAGUCUAUCGCAAGCAUUGGUUUGGGCUUUACCAUGCCAGGAAGGUUUACACCUUCUUCCCGCAAGAGCUUCCUCAUUUGACCGUUUUCUUCAAGAAACUCCAUCUUCACCUCGUUCCCACUUGGGUCAAUGAUGCGAAUCGAGAACUUGAAGUUUGGACUCAAGAACGCUGUCAUAGUACUUCCGCAUACAUUAAAAAUGGCUUAGCAGCCAAGGACAAUGAUCCUGCCAACGUACCAGUGGUGUUUCAGGCGAUGCUUGCGGGCAUCGAGAAAGAAGAGAGAAUGAAAGGCGCAGAAUCAGUCCUUAAAAACGAAACACUCCAGUAUCCUGAACUUAGUAUCGCGAGUGAGAUGAUCGACCAUAUCGCUGCGGGUCAUGAAACAUCUGGCAUCACACUUACCUACCUCUCUUGGGAACUGUCCAAGAACAUCCCAUUACAGGAUGCCCUUCGAGCCGAGCUUCUUUCCCUGUCGCCAAACAUGUCACUCUCUGGAUCAGGGUCCUCAAAAAGUAUUCCCAGCUCCAAGGACCUUAACAUACUCCCUCUACUCCAUGCUAUCCUGAUGGAAACUCUUCGUCUGCAUGCUGCCAUUCCAGGCAAUCAACCACGCAUGACACCAUACCCCUCAUGCACUCUCGGUCCAUAUACUGAUAUCCCAGGAGGAGUCCGGAUCGGUUCUCACGCUCACGUCCUCCAUCGCAACUCUGAGGUAUAUCUCGAUCCCGAUAAAUUCGACCAUGUAAGAUGGUUGGAUGAUCAGAAUGGAUAUACCGAGGAGCAGAGACGGGAACGAGAUAGAUGGUUCUGGGCGUUCAGUAGUGGUGGAAGGAUGUGUGUCGGAAGCAAUUUUGCUAUGCAUGAGAUCAAGCUCACUGUUGCAGCUGUAUAUGCCAAUUUCAGGACACACAUUGUGGACGAUGAAGGUAUUGAGCAGACUGAUGGCUACACAUGCGGUCCAACAAGCAAUAAGCUCUUUCUAAGAUUCGAGAAAGUAGUGGAUUGAUCCUUGGUCGAUGAAUGAGAUAUGGGUACGGAAGUAGGAAUGAUACCAAGAAGCUCUGCGAAUUGUUAUCUUGCUCGAGAAAUUUGCGGAAUUCCAACGGAAUGAUGAGUGGGGAUGGCCACCGAGCAUUUUUGGAUGUUUAGCUAAUCUAUCUCUAAUUCAAGACUCCAAAUGACAACGCACAGCACUACUGAAAUAUCCUCCCUGUCAUCAUCUGAGUCGCCUCUUCGACAAAACAUCUUUACCUUCCCCUAUGUUACCACCUGUGUCAUCAAUUCUCAACAUUCUUCUCUUCAAUUAGUAUUGUUUUCGGUUCUCAAUAUGACUAGUGC